AUGGCGACUUCUCAGCCUGCCCAGGCGUCCACAUCGCAGCAGGUCGUCGCGCCUUCAGGCAUGGACCCUGCAAAGUACGCGGCACUCAAGGAGUACAGAGCGAAAAUCAAGCAACACAACGAUGUCGGCCAAUCGCUCAAGACUGUGCGCCUGAAUAUCCGGAAUUUGCAAUCGGACUUCGACCAGACCGAGGAAGAUAUGAAGGCCUUGCAAUCUGUUGGACAGAUCAUCGGGGAGAUCCUGAAACAGCUGGAUGAUGAACGAUUCAUUGUAAAAGCCUCGUCAGGUCCGCGAUACGUCGUUUCGUACCGGCCAACACUACCGACUUCUAAGCUCAAGUCUGGUGUUCGUGUAUCGCUCGACAUGACGACUCUUACUAUCAUGCGUAUCCUUCCACGGGAAGUUGACCCUUCGGUAUACAAGAUGUCGCUUGAAGAUCCGGGAUCAGCCACCUUCGCCGGUAUCGGUGGUCUGAAUGACCAAGUCCGCGAGCUGAGAGAGAUCAUUGAGCUGCCAUUGAUGAACCCCGAGCUGUUCGAGCGAGUGGGCAUCACGCCGCCGAAGGGUGUGUUGUUGUAUGGUCCUCCAGGAACAGGCAAAACACUUCUUGCUCGUGCUGUCGCCGCUACCCUCAACACCAACUUCCUCAAAGUCGUUUCCUCAGCUAUUGUCGACAAGUAUAUCGGAGAAUCCGCACGUAUGGUCCGAGAAAUGUUCGCCUAUGCCAAGGAGCACGAACCCUGUAUCAUUUUCAUGGACGAAAUCGAUGCGAUCGGAGGGAGGCGGUUCAGUGAAGGAACAAGUGCGGACCGAGAGAUUCAGCGGACACUCAUGGAGCUUCUCAACCAGAUGGAUGGUUUCGACUCUCUGGGCCGCACCAAGCUCAUCAUGGCUACCAACCGGCCCGAUACGCUCGAUCCUGCUCUUCUCCGUCCCGGUCGUCUGGACCGUAAAAUCGAGAUCCCGCUGCCGAACGAGCAAGGGCGAUUGGAGAUUCUCAAGAUCCACGCCAAGGGGAUCAACAAGUCGGGGGAUAUCGACUAUGAGGCGGUGGUUAAGCUUUCGGACGGGUUUAAUGGAGCGGAUCUGAGGAAUGUGUGUACUGAGGCGGGGAUGUUUGCGAUUCGGGACGAUCGUGAUGCUAUCAUCCAGGACGAUCUGAUGAAAGCUGUACGAAAGAUGAACGACGCCAAGAAGCACGAGACCAAGAUGGACUACCAGGCGGUCUAG